AUGUUUUUAUCCAGAAGCGUCCAUACUAAUCACGCUGAUCUCAUCCACGAUGUCGCUUAUGAUUUCUAUGGUCGACGAAUGGCAACUUGUAGUAGUGAUCAGAUGAUUAAAGUAUGGGAUCUAAAAGACAAUGGAGAAUGGGUGUGCACUGCUUCUUGGCGAUGUCAUUUAGGAUCAGCCUGGCGUGUCAAUUGGGCACAUCCUGAAUUUGGUCAGGUAAUCGCCACCUGCUCAUUCGAUCGUACGAUAGCUAUCUGGGAGGAAAUUACAAGUACUCAGUCCGUAGGUAGUGGUGGCGAAAUGAUGGCUACACCAGUCAAACUCCACCUGUUUUGA